AGCAUACCAUGAUAUUACAUAUUGUUAUGAAUAUUUGGUAAAAACAUUAAAUAUUGUAACUAUUUAUAUUUCUGCAUAGCAAUACAAAAUGUCUUCCACUCACGGAAAACACAAAUUGCUCCCGGAGGAGUUCAUUUAGCAUUGGAAUCAUACGCUUGUUAAUUUGUCCUCUGCCGACUUGAGUAGAAAAGUAAAUUGCAGUUUCUGGUUUUGAGAGCACUUCAAUAUUUUAUUGCCAUCAGAAUGUGAAAAGAAAUAUCGAGCUAGAGUUGUGUUUUGCAGUACAAUGUGCCAUUCUUUGAAGAUUAUUAAAGCCAGAUAAUUCUAAUGAAAUAUCAAUAAUUGAAUGAGAUUUGUAUAUCUAUGUAGAAAGAAACAUUUACAGAUUAUAAGAAGUAAUUAUGUGUGCUGGUGAUUGCUGUUGUUGUGAUCAGCAAGAUUCAUCUGAGAAGGCUCGGCUGACAAAUCCUGUAGAAAACAGAGGAUGUACGGACAUACCUGUACUACUUAUAUUUGUCCUCUUCUGGGCAGGAAUGAUAUACAUAGCAGCAUUUUCUGUGUCACAUGGAGAUGCCUUUAGAUUGGUGUAUGGCUAUGAUAGUUUUGGAAACACAUGUGAUGAAGAUAAUGCAGACAAGAUGAUGGAAAAUGUCUCAUUGACUGGGCUCAACCAUAAAGGGAAACCUUAUGUUUUCUUCCUUGAUAUCAGAAAGCCGCUUGAGACAACGAUGUUAUGUGUAACUAAAUGUCCAGAUAAGGAACUUACAACUAUACAGCAAGUACAGGAGUUUGCCAUUAAAGAAGGUUCCAAGUUAUGUCGUUAUGAUGUACCAAUAGACAAAAUUACAGAUCCAGCAAAUGCAGAUAAAUGUCCUCAAAACUUCCCUGUAUGGGCAAGUGACGAUUUGUUGUUUAGGUGUGUCCCCAGUAAACUUACUGUUUUGGGUGACAAACUGGCAGAUCUUUUUGAAUUUCUGAAUAAAAGUGAUACGUUCCAGAAAGCUCUCAGUGAUCUUUAUGCUUCGUGGAAAGAAAUGAUUCUUCUUUGUCUUCUGGCUUUAGUUUUUGCUGUAAUAAUGGUUUUACUGAUCAGAUUCAUGGCUUCCAUCAUUGUAUAUGUCAUCUUAGCUGUAGCUAUAGUAGCCAGUUUAGCUGCUACUGGGUUCUUAUGGUGGACAUAUGCAGAUAUAGUGAAUGACCUGAAUGAUGAUAUAAUGCACAAGAUUCCACUUCUGGACAUUGAAGUUAGGGCUAAAACAGCUUUCCUUGUUUACUCAAUCAUAGCCUCAAUCUUAACAGUUAUCCUUCUUUUAAUAAUCUUAGUAAUGAGGAAGAGAGUUGGUUUGGUUGUAGCAUUGUUCUAUGAAGCAGGAGAUUGUUUGUCCACUGUACCAUUACUACUAGUACAGCCAUUGUGGACAUUUUUACUUCUAAUGGCAUUCUUCUUCUACUGGGUUAUUAUACUGGCAUAUCUAUCAACAUCAGAGAUAAGAGAAUAUAAUAAUGUUACUGGACAUAUUGAUUAUAGAGAACACGAGACUGUAUCCUAUUUCUGGUGGUAUCAUCUAAUAGGUUUGAUAUGGACCAGUGAAUUUAUCAUUGCUUGUCAACAACUUGUAGUAUCAGGAACUGUGGCUACAUGGUAUUUUAGCAGAAAUAGAAAUGAUUUAAGCUGCACCAUAUGUAAAUCUAUGAAGAUGAUGAUAUUUUAUCAUCUGGGAUCAGUAGCCUUUGGAGCCUUUGUCAUCACAUUGGUCAAACUUCCUCGAAUGAUACUUAUGUAUAUACACAAAAAACUAAAGUCAUCAGCGGGGAGUAACAAGUGUGCUGAAUAUUGUUUGAAAUGUUGUAUUUGUUGUCUAUGUUGUUUGGAGAAGUGUCUUAAAUUUCUAAAUCAAAAUGCCUACACAGUUGUUGCAAUAAAUGGAACAAGUUUCUGUACAUCUGCAAGGAAGGCAUUUUUCACAAUAAUAGCUAAUGCUUUGAGAGUUGCAGCUAUAAAUAGUGUGGGCGAUUUCAUUUUAUUUUUGGGGAAGAUAGGUGUGACAGCAGCUACUGGUGCAGUUGGAAUAGUGUGGUUUAAGACCAAAUCUGAACUUCAUUUUUAUGCCGUUCCAGUGCUGUUAGUGUGUGUAUUUGCCUAUUUUGUUGCACAUUGCUUUUUAUCUGUAUAUGAGAUGGUAAUUGAUGCCUUACUUCUCUGUUUUGUUGCUGAUGUUGAUGAUAAUGAUGGAACAGAUGGUCGACCAUAUUAUGCCAGCGACAAAUUACGUUCUUUCAUCAAUUCAUACAAUAAGAAAUACAUAGAAGAGACCAGUACAGAGUUGAAUCUCAUGACGAGAAAAGAUAAAGCUGAAGAGGCUGAACCCGCUCAAAUUUAGUAACUCAUACAUUCAAUAACAAUAUUGUGGAAGUUUUCCUUUGAGUCUUGGUUCUAUGACAAGGUUGAUAAUAAUAUGUAUGCUGUUUGAUUGGUAUCAAAUAUUACUGUAGACAAAAAUAAAGGAAACAAACAUAGAAAGUUAAGUUAAAGAAAGGUUUGCGAAAAAAACUCAGGCACUUUAUAACAUUUUAGAUGCUGACAGCAGAAUAGUUUGAAAUGCUUCUAUAUGUACAUGUAAUUUUUGUAUAGGUUAUAUUUCUGAAUGGAAUCUAUUGCAUUAAAACAUUUCAUAGUGAAAAAAAACAGAGCCUAAUACUACAUAGCUCAAAAUUGGACAACAAUGACCAAGGUUAAUCACCUCAGACAAGUUGUCAAAAACUUGAUAAAAUACCAUUUAAAUCUUUCAACUCUUAAAAUUAAUUAUACUUGGAUUCAAUUCCUCAUCAUUUUUUCUACAAGAUGCAAUCGAAUUAACAAGGAAACGGUAUAGCUCUUCAGAAGUUACUACUUUUUCCAUGAAUAAAAAUUAGUUAAAGCAAUUACAGGAGAAGCUGCAUGCUGAUUGUAAGGUGUACAUAUCUGUCUGACAGAAUUCAUCUGAGCUUCACUUUAUUUUCAUGUUUCAUUGGUCAACUUUAACUUUUAGUGAUAAGGUCUGUUUCUAAGAUCAAUAAGCAAUAGGUCAACUAUGAAGUUAGGUCACAUGCCUGUCUUGUAGGGUUCUUCUGACCUUGACAUCUUUUUCAUGGAUCAUUUAUAAUGUUGAGUAGAAAUAAUACCUGCUUUAGAUUAUGAUCUGGAUGACUUUGGACAUAAAUUUCUAUCAUGAUUAGGAGAACAGGAUAGACAAUUUAGAGUGUGCACAAUUGUUUGAAAUAUUUUAACUUGAUGAAAUAACACUUUUCUUUGUUAUCAGCUGCAAGUUUUGACAAAAAUGAGAAUGAGAAAUGUUAAUUGCCUUACAACAUUUAAAAUUCAUUACACAUUUAAAAUAGAGAGUACCUAAAAUAUAUUUGUAUCUCCAGAUAAUUUUACUUGACUUUUGUACAUACACAAUGACAAGGUUGAAUCAAUGUGACCCUAAUGUAUAUGUAAAUAAAGGUCAUGAUGAGUGUACGAAUAUGUGUUUCUGAUAUUUUCAUUGGUCUGUUUUUAUAAGGUUGUUUAUUUUUUUGAAAAUAAUCCCAAAAUUGAUUCAUGUCUUGUUUCGAUUGUAUACAGUGUAAAUGUACAUAUUCUGAAUAUGAGGAUUAUAAUGAAAAUUUUGGUGCAUAGUACUAACUACAGCUAGAUUUAGUUAAUAUUGCUUUGUUACUUUGAAUUUUAUCAUGUUUAAUGGCUAUUGAUGCUCUUGUUUCUAGCAAUUAUAAUAAGAGUUUACUGUAUUCAAUUUACAGGGUACUGUAAAAAUGGCUGCCAUAUUUAGAACAAGGUGAAUAAAUCUUCUCAUUGUAGAAGUAUCAAUUUAUUUUAAACUUCACUAGGUUGUAUUGGUUUGGGUUUUAGGGGGAUUUAAUAUCUCUUUUGGUAUCUAUAGGCUAUAGGUUGUUUGAUUUUUGUUUAAUCCAUUUAAAUUUGCAUUCAGGAAAGGCAUUUAAAAUAGAGGCAGUAAGAUUCAAAUUUCUCUCAUAUACUUUUUAGGAAUAAGAUAUCACAUCUGGUCCAUUGAAAGGGAAGCUGAAAUUGCCUUUCUUAAUUGUUAAUUAUUUUAACAUAUAUCAGCUUAAUUUUUAGAUUUAACUGUCCUUCUAAUCUGAUUCAGAUAGAUCUGUCCACCAGUGUUGUCCAUCUGUAGUGCCUUUUAAAUAUACCAGCCUGAAUAUUUUUUUGGCUACUAUUUAGUGCAAAAAGGUGUGCACAAAAGAAUUUUCCCUCUAUAUAUUUACAAUAGAGCUGCAAAUUGAUUCAUAUUUUUAUGUUUUUUUUUCAUUUUGGCUUGGUAGACAAGACUAUCAUUCAAAAUGACUUUUCAUAUUUAAAAUAAAUGUUUUAAAUUAAACUUUUGAAAAUUGAAAUUUUGUAUGAUUGGUCUAUAUAUUUUAUGACUGUCUGAUUACAUUAAUAAUCAAUAUUGCUAAAGUAAUCUUGUACAGGGUAAGUUUAUUUAAUAAUAAAGUAAUUUUUAUAAUUUUCCAAUCUUCAUGUAAACAUUAGUAAUAUACUUGCAUCACCUUUUUAACCAUACAACAAUUCAUAGCAGUUUUUCCUAUCUUAGAUUCUAAUAAUUACUAUAGAAUUUUAAAUGUAUUGGAGAGGUAUAUGCUUGCAACAUAACCAAGUUAACCUAGGUAUCAUACAUACAUGAUUAAUGUAUUUGUAAUGGGGUAUUGAAGGUGGUUCUAAGUGAAAUAUAUCCUGUUUAUCAGAAAAAAGAUCUCAUUUAUAAAUAACUUAUAACAUCACAAAUGCAUUAUAUGUAUGGGAGAUUGGGUCAGAGUCACCAUCAGAUACUUAAGUAAACGAUAUGUUUCAGAUUUCUCUUCUAUACUAUAUCUUAUUACAUGUACAUGUCUUUUUUUCAUUUCAUUGCAAUAGUUAUAAAGACUUUAUAAUAUGCCAACUAAAGAAGAUCUGAUAUAAAAAUAGCAAAAUAGCAAGAUUUUGUAUAAAAUGCUAUGAUUAUUGGAUUAUAAGACACCUAGAUUUUGCUGGUUAAUUGAUAACAUGAACAAAAAUGUAAUUUGUAAAAUGAGAAAUUGCUAAUUUUUGAAUAUUUUUUAAUCACAAAGUAUUUGACAACUUUUUUUUUUUUUUUUUUUUUAGAAUUUACUAUCUUUUGUACAUUGUCAUUUGUUUAUUUGCAUCUCUGCACAUACAAGAUGGAUGAUGCAAUCAGAUACAAAGGUCAAAUGGUCAUGGUUAGGCAAUUAUGUCAACAAUAGGUUGAAUUCAGAAUUGAUGCAUGGAGAAUUGUAAAAAAUAUAAUGUUCCAUCAUGGACCUUACACAACAACAGCAUUUUUUUGUCAUUUGGAAUUUAGAUUUUCACUUUGGUAGCAAAGUUUGAAACAACUUUUUAAGGAAUUUUUUUUUCUACCAUACAAUGUUUUGAAUUACAUGUAUUUUGAUUAUUUUUUUUAUAAUAUUAUUUUACAAAUUGCAUUUGAAUUAAGGUGUCUUUUAAACUUGAUUAUUUUGCAUCCCUUGCAAUAUUCCCCUGAAAGAGAUCGUAUAAAUUCUUUUGUUACUUAAGUUUUUUAUUUUUUAUUUUCAAUAUAUGUGUUAUGUUGCAUUUGUAUGUUAACAAAUAUUUUUUAUACAUCAUUGAAGUUAAUUAUAAAUUAUAACCAUAUAUUGUUAUUAUUUUCAAAGUAUAUACAUAGAUAACAUUGUAAUAUUAUUAUUUUCUUUUUUUUCUAAUAAAGUGAAAGCUUA